AUGAGUGAUGGAGAGCAUGUGGUUGGCGAUGUUGAUCGAGUUGACAGGAGGAGAAAAAUGAAUGUUACCUCAAACGGUAGGAAAGGUUCACUUAAAAAAAUUGCAGGAACUUCCGAGGCCAAAAGAAUAAUUAUAAAAAGACAAUCUAAUAGUGGUGAAGGGAACACGGUGACAACGGAAGAAAAGAGCAGAGCUGUGCCCACGGUGAAGAUGACGAAGAACGUUGCUGCCAGGCGGAAGACGACUUACAUGUAAUAUAAUUGGAAUAGAACUGUUUGCUUUAGAAUUUUAAGUUUGAAAUCAUCUUUCAAUUAUGGACAAACGGACUGGCUUUUGUCCAUUGUGGACAUUCAAAGAGCCCUUUGUCCAUUAAUUUUUUUUAGUUUCUUUAGUAAGCUAUUAAUAUUUGCUGAGACUUGUUACUAUAACAAACUG